AUGCCCCUCUUCGCACUCGAGUUCAGCGGGACGACGCGUGACGAGGUGACGCAGGCGUUCGCUGACACGCGCUCGUCUGACGAGGACGUCUUGACCGCCGUCAGCGCCGUCAUGCUUGCGGCUGACGAUGACGCACACUGCGUCAGCUGGGGGACGGGCUCGAACACCUCGGGCACCAUGGAGGUGUCGUCGGCUGCCUGGAACCGCUCGGUGUGCGCGGUGCAUCACCUGGAGCAGCGCCCACCGUGGGUCAUCAUCUUGGAGCUGUGCACUCUCAUCCUCCUUGUGCUCCAUGCGGUCGUGGAGCACAAAUUUCUUAGGAGAACGACGAAUUCGAUGGCAGACGUUCACGGGGCCAGCCGCGUGCUGCGAAUAGAAAACGGGCAAAAAGGAGGAGAGCGCGACAAAGUCCCGCCCACAUCGCAAUAA